AUGGCGGGUAGCGAGGUGGGCCUGACCGGGACGGCCACAGCCACCAUCACCAUCGCAGACAAGAACGACCACAGCCCAGAGUUCACACAUCCACUGUUCGAAGCAUACGUUUACGAGGGCUCGACUGGAGUGGUCGUCAACCUGACAGUGGACGACCGCGACGACCCAGCAACGGGGGCGUGGAGAGCCAUCUUCUCUGUAAUCAGCGGGGAUCCCACCUCCAGCUUCGAGAUCCAGACAAACCCAGACGACAACGAGGGAAUGCUCUCAGUUGUCAAGCCUUUGGACUAUGAGGCCAGGGGGUUCCACACGCUGCUCAUCAGAGUGGAGAAUGAAGAUCCGUUAGUAGCAGAAGCUGGAUAUGGCCCUAGCUCCACAGCAACAGUCCAUGUAACAGUGUUGGACAUCAACGAAGGCCCUGUGUUCUUCCCGGACCCUCUCAUAGUCACCAUGAUGGAGAACAUCCCAGUGGGCAGCUUUGUGGCUUCACUCAACGCCACAGAUCCGGACAUUUUACAAGGACAGAGUAUCAGGUAA